ACGUCAAACGAAACGCGAAUAAGUUCAGAUACCGCCUUCCGCGAUAAAAAGAAAAUAAUUCUGUCUUUAUUUAAUAUAUUCCUUCAAUUAAUUAAAUAAAAAUGGUUAGUUUAAUUAACACCGUUGAUACCGGUCACGAGGAUAUGAUACACAAUGCUGUGCUGGACUACUAUGGGCUGCAUUUAGCAACUUGUUCCUCAGAUGGGUCUGUGAGAGUUUUUGACGUGAAGAACGGCAAUCAGAUUUUGGUAGCAGAUCUCAAGGGUCAUCAAGGGCCAGUGUGGCAAGUAGCUUGGGCUCAUCCCAAGUUUGGAAAUUUAUUAGCUUCCUGCUCAUACGAUCGCAAGGUUAUCGUAUGGAAAGAGGGCGCUUCGAAUGAGUGGACUAAAUUCUAUGAAUAUAACAAUCACGAUUCAUCUGUUAAUUCUGUUGCCUUCGCGCCUGCUGAAUACGGACUCAUACUCGCUUGUGGCAGUUCGGAUGGAUCAAUAUCCAUAUUAACCUGCAACAUAGAAUAUGGCGUUUGGGAUAGCAAAAAAAUUUCAAAUGCACAUACAAUUGGCUGCAAUGCUAUUUCUUGGUGUUCUUCUACAGUACCGGAGCCAGCAUUCGAUCAACGUGCUUCAGCACGUAACACUGCCGUGAAGCGUCUAGCCAGUGCUGGUUGCGAUAAUUGUGUAAAAAUUUGGCGUGAAGACGCCGAUCGUUGGGUGGAAGAGAAUCGCCUUGAAGGUCAUUCGGACUGGGUACGUGACGUGGCAUGGGCGCCAUCAAUCGGAUUAGCUCGUUCCCAAAUCGCGUCUGCUUCACAAGAUCGUCAUGUGAUCAUCUGGAAUAGCACAGAUCUAACUACUUGGUCCUCGACAAUUUUGCAUACAUUUGAUGAUGUCGUUUGGAGUGUUAGUUGGUCGAUGACUGGAAAUAUUCUGGCUGUGACUGGUGGCGACAACAAGGUCACAUUGUGGAAGGAGAAUAAUGAAAAUCAAUGGAUGUGUAUUAACGAUGAUGCAGCAUCUACAAUAUCGCAACAAAAUGAACAGCGAACACUGUAAAAAUUUUGAAAUUAAAUGGAAGAGUCUAUGACAAUAAAAAUAUAAGAUUACGAAAUUAAAAAAACUCCAAAAGCAAAUAAAAGCACAUACAUAAUUGCUAAAAGCAAGCCAAGAUAAUUUUAAUAUUAAUUUUUUAAUUCACGAUCUUAAAUAUUCAGUUGCUUCGUAUUGUCAUAGACUUCGCCUAAAAUUUGAGUUCUAUAAUUUCGACUUUAGUGAUAAGAAAUUAAGUUUUGUGCAUAGUACUGUUGUAUUAAUAUUUGUGCUUUUCUUUCCGCAUGUACACAUACUCCGAUAGCAUACAUUCUGUAUACAUAUGUUUAUUUUAUACUUGCUAAGUUACUGUAAAGGAUUGUAACUAAUAUUAUCGUACAGAAUAAAAUUCCAAUUAAAUAUUCAAA